CGCCUUGUACGUGCGGUUCUGUUGAGGAGAAUGUCAGACAGAGCAGCAGCGCCCUCUUCAGAGCAGUCUGGGCAGCGUCUGCGGUUGCGUCUCUGCACUCGUGCAGGGCCUGCGCACGCUAGUACACGUCACCACAAUUGCCAGCAGCGAAUCCAUGCCCAGAGCUGCGAAGCAGCGUUGCGCAGACAUGCCUGGUAAAGUACGCAGCCAUUUCUCUUCAGCUUGUUGUAAAGUCACAUGUCCGAGAAUGCAAAUACUGCAAUAGUGGCUGAUGUUGGGGUUUGUAGGCGAAUUUCUUUAUCUAAAUGAAAGACUAAAACUUUUUCCUUCUCAUAAGAAUUGAGAGAAACAGCCAUAUAGGCAGCCUAUUUAGACGUGGUCGAGCGAUUCCAUAACCAAGACAGUGCGCAUGGUAGACGCGGUAAUGUCGUUGAAUAUCACUGUGAAAAGUGAAGACUCCGAGUCCUUUGACGAUGAAGACGAAUCAUCUUCGCUGCUUUCGGGCAAAAGAGCUACGGAGUCUGUAGCUCGUCAUGAUAUUUCUCCGGGAGAAGGCGGUCCAAUAGAAGACCAUGCAGGAUAUUCAACACAGCAUGGGCGGCUAGCAACUAAAACGAGCAGCAAACCCAUCGUACUGUAUCCUGUGAGUGCUGACCGUUUCUUUUCCUCCACUUCUGCAGAUGGCAAAACCAUCUUAAAGAUAGCUCCAGCCGCAGUCAUGACCCUCCCGACUCCUCGGCCUCCUCCCCAGGUUUCCCCAGAGUUCUCCUACCAGGCCAUCGUGUACUUGAUCGAAGCAGUGGGGCGCCGCUGGAGCCUGUACGGGACGCGGGAGCGUUCGCAGCUCUUCCAGAGCGUACAGAAGGAGUUGGAGGAGCAGGGUCAUUGUCUUCCCGUUGAGAAGAUCCGCCGCAAGUGGAACAACUUGAUCGUCACCUACAAGAGGGUCAAAUACAGAGGCAGGGAGACCGGCCAGGCCAGAACCUCCUGGGAGUACUUUGAGAUGAUGGAUGCCAUGCUUGGUGACACCAUCGGCGCCGAGACCACUAGCAGCCCUACCCUAGUAACCAGCAUCCCUAAGGUGAACGUCGCCACGGAAACAACCAAAACAGAGCAGAAGCCCCUCCUUCCCCAUGGCAACCUCAUCACUGCAUGCACUCGGACACUCACCCUUGUCCCCUCCUCCCUCCCACUCCACACGCCAGUUCCCUCCACCCUCCCUCUCUACACUUUUGUCAGAUCCCUCCCUCCCCCUACCCCUGUCCGCUCCUCCCUCCCUCUUCCCACCCCCUUGGACACACCCUCCCCCAGGAUAGCCAAUAACACAGACCCUCUACAGCCAAACCCCUCCCCUGCUCCGGUCGCACAGCCCCCUGCCUCCCGUCACAUCCCCUCCAACCUCAGCCGCAUAGACCUCCGCAGAAAGAAGCGCUGUCGCUUCUCCUCCAAGGGAUCCUCCAUUACCUCCCUUCUGGCCCAGCAGCAGAAGCGAGCAGAAGAAGGCACCUCCUUGCUGCAGGAGUUCCUGAGGAGGCAGGAGGGGCAGGCCAAGGAGGAGCAGGGGCGUCGCAGCAGGAUGGAGGCCCGGGGGAGGAGGCGCGAGAGGAGGGAGGCGCGCAUGGCAGAGUCCCUGGGUAGGAUGGCCACGGCUCUGGAGCUGCUUUCCUCCAAACAGGACACAGUCAUUGCCCUGCUGCAGAGACUGGCUGAGAGAGACAGGAAGUGACAGUCAUCGCCCCGGGUUGUCACUAACUUCUAUAGCCACAAAGCCAUAAUUAUGGCUAAACCCCGCCUAUUUUUACUAUUCAUCUUCUUAAAUUUAGAUUUUUAAACCUAACAUUAACCACACUACUAACCUUAUGCCUAAUCUUAAAAUAAGUACAAAAAGCUCAUGUUUGUUUUCAUGAAUUUGGAGUUUAUGGCUAUAUAAUCUAGUGGAAACGCUGCUGCAGAGACUAGCUGAAGUGACACUGUAAUCGCCCUACUGCAGAGCCUGGCCGAGAGACGGGGAGGCUGACUCAGCAUGCAACCGAAGGGGUACUCUUUUUCCCUAUAUUGUGCACUCUAUGAGCUAAAACCCAGUGAAAACCCACCUUGUGUCCCAGGUCUAAAUUGGUCCCUGAUUAGAGGGGAACUGGGUUCGAGGUUCAUAUUCGAAUUUGCAUAAUGUAAGGAAUAGGGUGCCAUUUCGGAUGCGAGACUCAGAUAAUGUUAAUUGAUUGUGUUGUAGAAUUUACAAUGGAAUAACAAUUUUGAUUGAUUAAAUGGUUAAUUAAUUAA